AGAUUCAGGACUCCUACCCUGAAGCCAAGGAGAAACCAUCCCAGUGGAAAGAUUUGGGCUUUGAAGUUCCAAACCGAAAUUAAAGACCUACAUGGGAUAAGGAACCAGGAGAACAUUGGUUGGAUACAGGGAUGAGAGCAGACACACAAAAGCACAGCAGGUAAGAACUGGGGGUUGCUGCCAAGAAGGAACAGCCCUGCCUGGUGCUGCAGGGGCAAAGCGCUCUUAGAACCUGAAAGCCAGUUGCCUUGAGCCUUCCAUGAGUGCUCAAGCUUGUCAUCUCCUAUCAGCUUUCGGAAAAGGGACGUUGCCCUCGCCUUCCCUCUCCCUGAGAGUAAUCCUUUCGGCUUGGUUAUAAAUACUAAUGUCUCCCGGCGUUUGGUGAUGUUGCGCCGCAGAAGGAGCCAAGGCCAUUAAGAAGCCUCAUCCGCAGCUGUAUCCUUCCUUCCUGCACGAAAAUCGAUGACAGACACUGAGCGAUGGCCACCUAUCCUGAGCGCUGCUUGGACGCUACCAUGCUGAACUUUGUCGCAGAUCUCUCCUUGGCCUCUCCGAGACACCCUCUUCUCUGCGACUUCCCACCUGGGGUUCCUUUUGGGGACCGAACAUUGGGGUUCAGAGAAAGAAGACCCAGGAGGCUGUCGCAAUUUGAGGAAACAGACCAGGAGGAAGAGGUGGGCGAAGUGGUCUAUGAGGACCGGGAGGAGGACGAAGAGGAGGGAGAGGGACGCGAGAGAGUAGCUUCCUUGCUGGGCCGCCCCAAAAGGAAAAGGAUCAUCACCUACGCCCAGCGCCAGGCCGCCAACAUUCGGGAAAGGAAGAGGAUGUUCAACCUGAACGAGGCCUUCGACCGAUUGCGCAGGAAGGUGCCCACCUUCGCUUACGAGAAGAGGCUGUCUAGGAUCGAGACCCUCCGCUUGGCCAUUGUCUAUAUUUCCUUCAUGACGGAGCUCCUGCAGAGCAGCGAGAAAAAGGAGGCCGGCUAA